UCUGUGCUCGAUGUUUGAUGCCUGUGAGCGUCUGGCUCUUGUUUUUUCCGACCAAUAUGGCGGCGGUUGGCGAGGACCGGCGCCCCGGAGCGGCGGCGGCUUCUUCUUCACGGAUUAUAUACAGAUGAAACCAACUGGCUGAAGAAACUUGAUUUUCCAAAUGUUUACGCUGUCAAAAAGUAUUUUUAAUUUAAUCUCUAGUCAUGGCUUAUGAUGAAGCACUCAAGAAGAAAGAAGAUUGUAUAGUGGGUGAAAGCGGAAUUGAAGAGGUGGGUCUGGCUGCAGGCAGAAGCCAACGAGAGAAGAAGCGCUCGUAUAAAGAUUUGCUGAAAGAAGAGGAGGAAAUAGAUGCUGAAGUCCGAAAGUCAGCCAAAAAGAAAGCGAAGGAGAUUGAAGGUUUCCUUUUGGCUGCUGAUUUUCCUAAGAAAAAGAAGAAAGUACACCAUUUAACAGGAGAAGAGUUCCACCAUGGAGAACUGUCACCGAUGGAACCUGUAAAGAAGAAAAAAAAACUUGAUGGUCAACAGCCUGACACUGCCAUGGGCCUUCUCAAGGCCAUAACCUCACCCGCACCGACCGUCACAAAGACUUCCAAAAAAGUUGAGAAACCGUUUUCUGCUUUUGGCUCAACGUCCCAUCCUCCUUUUCACGCUGAGAGCAAGAGGGAGCACAAGAAAAAAGCUGCCAGUGCAGAUACCGAGGAACCCUCCGAGGAAGGAAGCUUCCACAAGUCAAAAAAGAUGAAGCCGCUCUUUGUAAAUACUGAUACAGUGACUGUGCGUGAGGGGGAGGGGUUAAAAAUGAAACUCCUCCUCUCGCCAAAGGACAAGUCGGGCAUGGAUGAUGAGGCCUUCAAUUUUGCAGGGACAUCAAGUCAAAAGAAACCAUCCAAGAAGGUGAGUAGAGAGGAUCAUGGCGCUUUCCUCUCUGCCCUGGAAGCCCACAGUUUGCCAAGGCCGUCGGCCGUACGCAAAAAACAUAAGACAGAGCCUCGGGUUAGUGAGGGCUUUGAAUCUGCCUCUCAUUUCUACACUGAUGUCCAGGCGGGUAACCUCUCGGAGUACGAGUUCGCAGGUUUGGAAGCAUUGGAUUCUGCAUCGUCUUCCGGCGGGGAACUCGAGGCGGGGGAGCUGGUUAUCGACGAUUCUUUCCGAGAGAUGAAAAAGAAAAAGAAGAAAGAGAAAAAAAGCAAAAAAAAGAAGGACAAGGAAAAACACAAGGAAAAGAAACACUCAAGCAAGUCUAAGAAGCUGUUGACUCAUGGCUCAGGGAAGGUCAUAUCCGCCAGUAAGUGCUGUCAUCCAUCACAGCCAUCCGUUAGCACACCUUAUGCAAUAAAUGUGCCCCCACCUUCCAUAUUCCACAUCGAAGGACAGACAGAGAAAAAGAAGAAAAAGGAAGAGAAAGAUAAAGAAAAGAUAGAGAAACCUGAAAAGAAAAAAAAGAAUAUAUCUGCUUAUCAGCUGUUUUGCAAAGAGUAUCGGGUUAAUAUUGUCGCUGAGCAUCCAGGAAUAGAUUUUGGUGAACUCAGCAAGAAGCUGGCUGAGGUAUGGAAACAACUUCCCGACAAGGAUAAACAGGUUUGGAAACAGAAGUGCCAAUACUUACAACAUAAGCAGAAUAAGGCUGAGGCUAUGACAGUGAAACGGAAACUGACUGAUUCACUGGACGAUACAACUGUCAAGCAGAAAGGCAAACAGAACUCUUCGUCACUGCCUGGCAUGGUGAUACCCCAGAAGAAAUCCGCUCAUUCAGUGGGAUUAGGAGGCAUCAGUCUGUCUUCCUCUCCGGUUAAGAUGCCAGAUGCCGACCCAAUCGAUGUCGCUGCACACUUGCAGCUUUUGGGAGAGUCCCUGAGCCUCAUCGGCCACCGAUUACAAGAAACCGAGGGUAUGGUGGCAGUGUCCGGAAGUCUCUCUGUCUUGCUGGAUUCCAUAAUCUGUGCACUGGGUCCUUUAACAUGCCUCACUGCACAGGUUGACCAUCUUAACGGCUGUCCAAAAGAAACCUUGGCUCACACGCUGGAUAACAUUGCUUAUAUCAUGCCAGGACUUUGACCUUGAGAGAUGUGUGGGACUGGAUCAGUAGCAGAAAACGGAAUAAUAUAUUGUAGAUAAAGACUGUUCACUGUCGAAGAGCACCCCUUUUUCCAUAGUAUUGUAAUUAUUGAUGAACGGUGUGAAAAGACUGCUUUGAAAUGGGUGUUACAACAGAAGGCUGGGAAACUUGCUGAGAAGAAGGUGCAUUUCUUGGAGGUAUCAUUGGGUUUGACGUUGCCAAAUAUGAACAUGCCAGUGCUGGACCAUCCUCUGCUGAAACCUAGUAGUUUUCACGGGUAUGUGUCAUUUUGUAAGUUUGUAAUGUUAACUGUAUAUUACAAAUUUUUUAAAAACUCCAAAUAAAUAAAACGUUGCUAAUAUUUAACGGGUCCUUCACCAUCUGGGAAACAAAGUAAGAGGGUAUUGUGAUGAAGUAUCACACCUAAAGUGCCAAACCCGUCUCUUGUCUUCAGCUGGUGAACAACCUGUUGUGGAUUUGCACUGCUUUAUUUUAUUAUUUUAUAGUACUGAAAAUGAAGCUUCCCUCGAGUUUCACAAUGGUUCUUGCUCAUUCCUUGCGACAAAUAGCUUUUAACUUGGUUUCAUUCAACACUUGUGUGGAUUUUUCUAUGGUGGAUGAGUGCAUUUUGCUGAAGAGCGGAAUGUUUUCUGGAAUUGCUCUAACGUAUGACUAAUUUUCUCUCUUCAAUAUAUCCAAAAAUCUGACAUGAGCGAACAGAAUUUUGUAUGAUUGUGUCUCUGGUUUUCUUCCAUACAGAUUUGAACUCUUCCUUUAAUACUAACGUGGCUCUCUGAAAGUGCUUUCCAAUCACAGGGUGCUGUCUCCACUGUACU